UUCACUUUGCAGAUCUCUGAUCCAACAACCUUUCUCUUUAGCAAAAGUGAAGGAAUCUCUCUCUCAGAUCCAUUCUUCACAUUUCACAAUGGCCAUGGCAGCAGUUUCUUCCCAAUCUCUAUCUCUCAAACACCCUAAAACUCACCUCAACAAUUCCACCACCACCAACCCAUCUCCGGUCGUCGCCACCCGUUUCAACUCCCGUCCGAUCAAACCCAUCUCCGUCACCUGCACUUCGUCCUCUUCUUCGGCGGCGGCGGUUCAGACUCGUCCUUCACAGGAACGGAUCUUCAAUUUCGCAGCUGGACCAGCGACGCUACCGGAAAAUGUUCUCAAAAAAGCCCAGGCAGAUCUAUACGUUUGGGGAACAUCAGGUAUGAGUGUUAUGGAAAUGAGCCACAGAGGUAAGGAUUUUCUCUCUAUAAUUCAAAAAGCAGAGUCAGAUCUUCGUACCCUUUUGAACAUACCGUCAGAUUACGCCGUCCUUUUCCUUCAAGGCGGCGCCACCACCCAAUUCGCCGCAAUCCCUCUCAAUCUCUGUUCCCCUGACGAUCCGGUCGAUUACGUUGUCACCGGAGCGUGGGGGGAUAAGGCUUACAAGGAGGCAAUUAAGUACUGCAAACCAAAUGUAAUCUGGACUGGAAAAUCAGAAAAAUAUACCAAGAUCCCUUCUUUUGACUCGUUAGAUCAGAACCCGCACGCCAAGUAUUUGCAUAUAUGCGCCAAUGAAACUAUUCACGGGGUUGAAUUCAAGAACUACCCAGUACCCAAAAACAAAGACGCCAUUUUAAUAGCUGAUAUGUCUUCUAAUUUCUGCUCAAAGCCGGUCGACGUUUCAAAAUUCGGCAUGAUUUACGCCGGAGCUCAGAAGAACGUCGGCCCGUCCGGCGUCACCAUUGUGAUCAUCAGGAAAGACCUGAUGGGAAAAUCUCAGGGGAUAACUCCGAUCAUGUUGGACUACAAGAUCCACGCUGAAAACGAUUCUCUUUAUAACACCCCACCUUGUUAUGGAAUCUACAUGUGUGGAUUGGUGUUUGAUGAUCUCCUGGCUCAGGGCGGAUUGUCGGAAGUUGAGAAGAAGAACAUCAAGAAGGCACAGUUAUUGUACGAUGCCAUCGAUCAGAGCAACGGUUUUUACAAGUGCCCGGUGGAGAAAUCAGUGAGGUCGUUAAUGAAUGUUCCAUUCACUCUUGAGAAAUCUGAAUUGGAGGGGGAAUUCAUCAAGGAGGCUGCGGCUGCAAAGAUGGUGCAGCUGAAGGGACAUCGAUCGGUGGGUGGGAUGCGAGCUUCGAUAUACAAUGCUAUGCCUUUGGCUGGAGUGGAGAAACUUGUUGCCUUCAUGAAAGAGUUCAAAACCAGACAUGCUUGAUUUUGAUGAAGUGGUUUCUGUUUGUUUUUGUUCUUGUUUUUGUCAUAUACUUAUGGGGGUUGUUAUGGUAAUUUUGACUCAUGCAAGUGCAAUUUAUCAGUAUUGUUUUUGUUCUUGGAUUUUCAUCUAAUAAGGAAGCAGCAUUCGAGAUUUUUUCAUA